CUUCUGUUUCUUUCCGGCCUGACUGGUUUUAUUCACAGGUGCUUGCCCUGCCAGGGUCACUUGAUCGAUAACUACUUAUUGAGGGUGCCCUUUUGCACAACUGUGUGUGUGAUGCGUCUCUGCGCUUGCCCCUGUUUGUAUAUGUACUUCUGGGUAUCAUUAAAUCCCAGUUAUCCCCACUCCUACUUGAGAAGUGCAGCUGGGGGCUACAGGGCAGAGGAGAUGGAAGCGGACCGUCGAUAAAUUUCUUCUGCUUGGUCUGGAUUGCAAAUACUUCAUGCCGUCAGUAAUUACUUACCACUUCCCUGGGUUUGGAGUUGCAACAUCACUGUGCCAUUUCAGCUCAUAGAAACAGGGGCAGAAGGGUGAGAAUAGAGGGUUUGGGUAAGAGCUAAACAGAGAACUCUUGGGGGGGGGGGGGGCGCUGGCCGGCUCAGUUGGAAGAGCAUGUGACUCUUGAUCUGUGGUCCUUAGUUCAAACCCCACCUUAGGUGCAGAGAUUACUUAAGACUUAAAAAAAAAAAAAAAAGCACUCUUGGAAGCAAGGGAGGAGAGAAAGAUAUAUUUUGGCUGGAAUUAAACAUCAUCACCCUGGUGUGGAGGGUGUAAUGAUUUGGCUUUGGUUAAUCCAUUUACCAGAGUUAGCUAGCAAGAGGGGAAAAGCGGAGGCAAGUGGGCCAAAGGGCUGCCAGCAGUUAAGGAGGAGGAGGAGGAAAUCAGACUGUCCAGAAAAUUGUAAAGGUUUCUCUAGGACUCAGAGCCAACUUGACUCUCUCAGAUCCUGCACAUCUUCAUGCAGUUUACUGAGCCGCCUGAGGUGACACAUUCAGACCUUGUCUGGGAGAAAAAGUAUCGAUGUACAACCAACUGAGCAAGCAUUUGUCUGGGAUGAAACGAUGUUCUGAGACGUGGAACUUCUAGAGCUAAAACAAGGAGAAUCCUGGAAAACUACAAUGGUUGGUCACCCUACAACAUACCAGAACCUUCUUGAAGAUUCACCCCCACACCCGGUGGUUUUCUCUUAGAAACUGGAGCAACAUGCCUGUCUCAUAGAUAUUUAUCCUCUAGGGAGUGCUGGAAGCAUCGCCCUGCUCUUGGGAGCUUAGCUUUGUUGGCCCCCAGAGUGUCCCCUCAUCCCUUCUGGUCCAAGUCAUGGCUCCUGAGGAGUUUGCAGCCCCUAAGGAAUAGAGUGGAAUGCACAAAGCAUUCUCGGGUUGGGACGUGGAGCCUCCACGGAUGGCUCACUUGCCCGAUCUUGGCUGAUCUCCCCGACAGAUGGAUAAUGGAGACGGGAGCUUCUUAGGCCACCCCCACACCCUGUCAGACAUUGCCAGGAAUGACUGAGAAGCACACAGCAUGCUGCCUACCAUGCAUGGUGACAUUGCUGUAAUCUGAGGACCAGUUGGAGGCUAUUGCGGAAGUCCGGGGAAGAGAGGCUCAAGCCAAGAUGGUGGAAGCUGCCUUUGGAAGGGGAAAUAACAUCGUAGCACGAGGUUUCUCAAACCAAUUUCUUGGACUUAACCCUCAAACUGUAGAGAACUUUCGGCUUGGGGGCCACUGACAGCCUGGACUGGGUAGGGCCGCCCAGGACACAAGACGAAGCUGACUCCUGUGGGCCUUGGGGAAGUGCCAAAUGCAGUGCCUAUCACAAUGAGUGCCCUUCUCUGCCUCCUGGGAGUCACUGACAGCCGCCUGGGGCUUUCUGUUUGCAGUGGCUCCCUUCACCACCAUCCCGCCCCUGCCUGCCCCCACGGGCACCCAUAGGCAGCCGGGACCGAUGAGCUUUCUGUGAGGCCUCUGAGACCGACCCACCUGCCCAGUCCUGUCCUGGGGGGUGGGGGUGGGGGUGCAGUGACGGCAGAUGGGCGUGCCAGCCGCCGGAUUCCUGAGAACCGCCCUGCAGUGGGCGACGCCCAGCUGGGGAGUCUCCAGAGGUAAGGCCCUUCUUUAAAAACUGGGAGCCAGGAGAGGAGACCCCACAUUCAAGGGGUGCUGUUAGAGGCCAUCUAGAGAGAGAAGAGUGCAGUACGGAGCAAGGUACGUUACCUGCCUUCCCCUGCCCGGUGGGGGCCAGGCGCGGGAGCAGGGCUGUCUGUGUCUCUGGGUGUCUGGGGCCUGGCUGCAGGGCCUGAUUCAUUCCUCCUUCAGGGAGGUCACCUGCAAAGGCUAGGUCAAAUGUCUGCCAUUGUUUGGGUUGCUUUUUCACAUCGGAGAAGUGUCUCAGUGACUUAGAAGAAAGCAGCUUCAGAUCCGGGCUGAGCACAAAGAGAAGUGGAAAGUGUGGGCUGGCCCAGCUAGAGCUCUUCCAAGGGCCACUCCGAUGCCUGGUUGUGGGGGAUUCCAGCCUGGGGGCAGGAGGGCAGAAAGAGCACCGAAUGGACACCAAAAAGUGGGUCUCCCUCUUGGGCCAUGAUUAGCUGUGCAACCUCAGGCCACCUGUCCCUUCCUGGGGCCCCUGACUCUUCUGGGAGAGGAUUGGAAGGCAUGAUUUCUAGGUAUUAGGAUGUGGACUGUAAAGACACCAGGAGGGGCCCCAGCUCCCUCUCUGCUCCUGCCUUGCCACCCCCACCCCCCUGCCCUCUUUCCACCCUAGCCAGAGGACCUUGGGGCUGUCUUUGGAGCAGACACGCAUCCAAACCAAGGCAGAGCUGGGCACUGCAUGAGCAGGGGUGGGGCAUGCCUCUGCAGGCUAGGCUUGCCGGCCGGCCUCCUGGAGGGACGCAAGUAUCCAGCGUCAGCCUCCGGAAUCCGGGCUCUGCGGCUGUCCUCCUGCACAGCCCUGAGCCAUAAUGGGAGCCAUUUUGAGAUGCUUCCAGUUCAGAUGAAAUCCUCACUCACUUUUUCUUUUUUUUUAAGAUUUUAUUUAUUUAUUUGAGAGAGAGAGAAAGAGAGGGGGGAGGGUCAGAGGGAGAAACAGACUCCCUGCCGAGCAGGGAGCCUGAUGCGGGACUCGAUCCCGGGACUCCAGGAUCAUGACCUGAGCCGAAGGCAGUCGCUUAACCAACUGAGCCACCCAGGCACCCCUCGCUCACUUUUUUUUUUUUUUUUGGUGGGAUUUUUUUUUUUUUUUUAAGAUUUUAUUUAUUUAUUCAUGACAGACAGAGAGAGAGAGAGAGAGAGAGAGGCAGAGGGAGAAACAGGCUCCCGAGGAGCAGGGAGCCCGAUGCGGGACUCGAUCCCAGGACCCUGAGAUCAUGACCUGAGCCGAAGGCAGACGCUUAACCAUCUGAGCCACCCAGGCGCCCCCUCGCUCACUUUUUAAAUGCUGCAGGCUCGCCUUUCUCCCCAUCAUAUCCUGUCCCAGCUACCUGCUUAGCUCAGAGUUGUGGUCACCACAGCCUCACCCUCAGGGAGGCCCGGGUGGUACUGGAGACCAUGCCAGUGGCAGAGAGACCGCGCUUCUAGGCCCUCAGCCACUUGGACCCACUCACCUUUUGGCCUGCAGGCUGGGCCAAGCCCUGAGAAAGGCCAGUUCUGUUUCUUGGGGGCAGCAACAAGGCCUUGGACAUCUCGAUAGCACCUCUCCUGCAAAGGACCCAGCCCUUUUCUGCUCCCUAUAUUGUCCUUACGACUAUGUGGGCCGGGGAGGGCCAACCCUCUUUCCCUUCCAUCUCAGAGGGGGAAGAUGAAGUCUCGGGGGGUGGGGGGCACAGUGUGAGUCACACGCCAGUGGGGACAGGGGUCCAGGGCUCUGGCAUUUUCCAAACUUUUGGCUACAGAAGUACCUGCUGCGUACAAGUAUCCUAGGUUGGAGGAGACCCUACGUAAAGGGGGCUAGUGUGCCUUAGGGUUUGUAUUGUUUUAUCCAAGCUGCUCUGCUCUGUCCCAGGUGAGGUCCUCUGAGGGGCUUCCCCCAGUGGCUGAAGAUGAGGCCGCUCCUCCUCCUGUGCUUUGUCUGCCCCGGCCUCCUGUGUGCCCAGCAAGCCUGCUCCCGUGGGGCCUGCUAUCCCCCUGUCGGGGACCUGCUCAUCGGGAGGACCCGGUUUCUCCGAGCUUCGUCCACCUGCGGACUGACCAAGCCUGAGACCUACUGCACCCAGUAUGGUGAGUGGCGGAUGAAAUGCUGCAAGUGUGAUUCUAGGUUGCCUCACAAUUAUAAUAGUCACCGCGUGGAGAAUGUGGUUUCGUCCUCGGGCCCCAUGCGUUGGUGGCAGUCACAGAAUGAUGUGAACCCUGUCUCUCUGCAGUUGGACCUGGACAGGAGGUUCCAACUUCAAGACAUCAUGAUGGAUUUUAAGGGGCCCAUGCCCGCUGGGAUGCUGAUUGAGCGCUCCUCGGACUUCGGCAACACUUGGCAUGUGUACCAGUACCUGGCUGCUGACUGCACCUCCGCCUUCCCCCACGUCCACCAGGGCCAGCCUCAAAGCUGGCAGGAUGUUCGGUGCCAGUCCCUGCCCCACAGGCCCAACGGGCGCCUGGAUGGGGGGAAGGUUCAACUUAACAUUAUGGAUUUAGCAUCUGGGAUUCCAGCCACUCAAAGUAAAAAAAUUCAAGAGCUGGGGGAGAUCACAAACUUGAGAGUCAACUUCACCAGGCUGGCCCCUGUGCCCCAGAGAGGCUACUACCCCCCCAGUGCCUACUACGCAGUGUCCCAGCUGCGUCUGCCAGGCAGCUGCUUCUGCCACGGCCACGCCGACCGCUGCGCCCCUCAGCCCGGAGCCUCCGCCGGCCCCUCCGCCGCCGUGCAGGUCCAUGAUGUCUGCGUCUGUCAGCACAACACUGCUGGGCCCAACUGUGAACGCUGUGCACCCUUCUACAACGAUCAGCCCUGGAGACCCGCAGAUGACCAGGACCCCCACGAAUGCCAGCGGUGUGACUGCAAUGGGCACUCAGAGACCUGUCACUUCGACCCAGCUGUGUUCGCCGCGAGCCAGGGGGCACACGGAGGCGUGUGUGACAACUGCCGGGACCACACGGAGGGCAGGAACUGUGAGCAGUGUCAGCUGCACUUUUUCCGCAACCAGCGUCCCGGCGCUCCCAUUCAGGAGACCUGUAUCCCCUGCGAGUGUGAUCCCGAUGGGGCAGUGCCAGGGGUUCCCUGCGACCCAGUGACUGGACAGUGCGUGUGCAAGGAGCAUGUGCAGGGGGAGCGCUGUGACCUGUGCAAGCCAGGAUUUACGGGACUCACCUAUGCCAACCCGCAGGGCUGCCACCGCUGUGACUGCAGCAUCCUGGGGUCUCGUCGGGACAUGCCGUGCGAUGAGGAGAGUGGGCAGUGCCUGUGUCUGCCCCACGUGGUGGGCCCCAAAUGUGACCAGUGCGCUCCCUACCACUGGAAGCUGGCCAGUGGUCGGGGCUGUGAGCCCUGUGCCUGUGACCCUCAGAGUUCCCUCGGCCCCCAGUGCAACCAGUUCACGGGGCAGUGCCCCUGCCGAGAAGGGUUUGGUGGCCUGACGUGCAGCGCCGCAGCCAUACGCCAGUGUCCCGACCGGACGUACGGAGGUGCAGGCACGACAUGCCGCGCUUGUGACUGUGACUUCCGGGGGACGGAGGGCCCAGGCUGUGACAAGGCCUCGGGCCGCUGCCUCUGCCGCCCCGGCUUGACCGGACCCCGCUGCGACCAGUGCCAACGAGGUUACUGUGACCGCUACCCGGUGUGCGUGGCCUGCCACCCUUGCUUCCAGAUCUAUGAUGCUGACCUCCGGGGGCAGGCCCUGCGCCUCAGCAGCCUCCGCAAUGCCACCGCCGCCGGCCUGUGGCCUGGGCUGGGCCUGGAGGACCCUGGCCUCACCUCCCGGAUCGCGGAUGCCAAGAGCAAGAUGGAGCAGAUCCGAGCAAUCCUUUCCCGUUCCCCGGUCACCGAGCAGGAGGUGUCCCAGGUGGCCAAUGCCAUUUUCUCCAUCAGGCAGACUCUCCAGAGCCUGCAGCCUGAUCUGCCCCCAGAGGAGGAGACCUUGUCCCUCUCGGAAGACCUCAAGAAUCUGGACCGAAGCUUCAGUCACCUCCUCGUUAUGUAUCAGAGCAAGAAGGAGCAGUUUGAAAGGAUAAGCGGUGCGAAUCCUUCAGGGGCCUUCCGGGUGCUGACUGCAGCCUUCCAGCGGUCCUCCCAGGCUGCUCAGCGGGUCUUCGACGGCUCCCGCAUGCUCUUGCAGCUCAGGGACAGCCGGCGAGAGGCGGAGAGGCUGGAGGGCCAGCUGGGAGGAGGAGCCGGAGUUAGUGGGCCCCAGCUUGUGGCCCUGAGGCUGAACAUGGCUUCCUUGCCUGAUCUGACACCUACCAUCAACAAGCUCUGCGGGGGCUCCAGGCAGACGGCCUGUACCCCAGGAGCGUGCCCUGGAGAGCUGUGUCCCAGAGACAAUGGCACGGCAUGUGGCCCUCACUGCAGAGGUGCCCUCCCCAGGGCGGAUGGGGCCUUCCGGAUGGCGGGGCAGGUGGCCCAGCAGCUGCAGGGCUUCAAUGCCCAGCUCCAGCAGACCCGGCAGAUGAUCAAGGCCGCUGAGGAAGCCGCCUCGAAGGUGCAGUCAGACGCUCAGCGCCUGGAGACCCAGGUGAGCGCCGGCCGCUCCCAGAUGGAGGAGGAUGUCAGGCGCAUGAGGCUCCUCAUCCAGCAGGUCCGGGACUUCCUGUCAGACUCUGACACUGAUGCGGCCACCAUCCAGGAGGUCAGCGAGGCCGUGCUGGCCCUGUGGCUGCCCACAGACUCGGCCACGGUGCUGCGGAAGAUGAAUGAGAUCCAGGCCAUUGCCGCCAGGCUACCCAGUGUGGACCUGGUGCUGUCUCAGACCAAGCAGGACAUUGCUCGGGCUCAGAGGCUCCAGGCGGAGGCUGAGAAGGCCAGGAGCCUAGCCCACGCGGUGGAGGGCCAGGUGGAGGACGUGGUGGGGAACCUUCGGCAGGGCACGGUGGCUCUGCAGGAAGCCCAGGACACCAUGCAAGGCACCAGCCGUUCCCUUCGGCUUAUCCAGGAGAGGGUUGCUGAGGUUCAGCAGGUCCUGGGGCCGGCGGAAGGACUGGCGGCUGGCAUGGGCUUGCAGCUGGGUGACUUGCGGGCACGGAUGGAGGAGCUCAGCCGCAGGGCCAGGCUGCAACAGGAGCAAGUGGCGAGGGCCCAGCAGCUCACAGAGGGUGCUAAGCAGCAGGCGCUGAGCACCCAGGAGGGAUUUGAGAGAAUAAAGCAAAAAUAUGCUGAGUUGAAGGACCAGUUGGGUCGGAGCCCCAUGCUGGGGGCUCAGGGCAGCCGGAUCCUGAGUGUCAAGACGGAGGCAGAGGAACUGUUUGGGGAGACCAUGGAGAUGAUGGACAGGAUGAAAGACAUGGAGUCGGAGCUGCUGCGGGGGAGCCAGGCCAUCAGGCUUCGCUCGGCAGACCUGACGGGGCUGGAGAAGCACGUGGAGCAGAUCCGCAACCACAUCAACGGGCGUGUGCUCUACUAUGCCACCUGUAAGUGAUGCACCAGCCUGUAGCCCCCAGCCCCGCUCAUCUGCCCUCUCUACUUUUGGAGGACAGGCUGGGCUGGGCUGCCUUCCGGCUCCAGGAGACUUACACAGCCUAAAGCACAGCCUGGAUGGCCCCUGGCGCGCAGCUGUUAAGAUUAUUCUGGGCUGCAGCUGAGCUGGAGCUGAUGGGAAAUUACAUCUGAGAGACAGAGAGGGUGGAGGCGGGCCGUGUCCUUGUGACGAGGAGCUCUCAAGUGGAGGUGCACUUGGCCGGCCAGCGUCCUUGCCCUUCAUCUUCCAUGGAGGCUGAAUCCUGGAGGGACACCAAAACUUAACAAAAACAUGAUGUACAAAUGAAAAGCCUAAUAAAAAUCUUUCGAAAGAAGUCUGGAGGUUGAAAGAGAGAAAAUGAUCCAUCUCCCCAUUAAGUACACCUUUGUCACUUGUUCCUGUCUCCCACCUGGGGUUCCUGGGUGCUCCUCUGCUCAAGCCCAAGGCCUGGAGGUAUGUGAAACAUAGGCUGCCCCACUUGGCCCAGUACAGCUUGCUCGUCAACCAAACUUAGGGGGACUGGAUCCCUUUGCCCCAGGACCCAAAGGAUCCCAUCCUUGAGAGACCAGAUGAUUUCCGUCUUUGAGCAGUGAUCCAGUUGCUCAUUCACAGAUGAGGAAAUAGAAAUCCAGAGAAGGGAAGUAUGGCAUCCAAAUUCCCACAGCUCCAGAGGCGGACUCUGUGUCUCUUGGGAUCUCAAGGAGAAGUUGCAAAUGGAUGUGCAUUUGUGUGGGGGGCAGAUACGGAAAUGGCGUGAAUAUCUGUGUGCUAACCACGGCCUGUGCAAUGUGCUAGGCAUUUUCAAAAUUAAAAAAAUAAUGUUUUAAAGGUUUUAUUUAUUUACUUGAGAGAGACAGAGACAGAGAAAUAAAGCACAAG